AUGGGUGUCAUUGCCCAGAGCGUUCAUCCCAGCCUGCAGCGCUACUUGCCUGGACAUCUACCGAAGCGGCAGCGGCGACUUCACGUGGGAAAAACCAACGGCAAGGAAUUUGAGGAUGCCCACGUGGCUGAUGUGGAAAAUGAGGUGGUACCGCAUCUGAAACUUCCGAACAGGCUUGUGCAAUCGCUGUUGCUCUCCCCCACCGUGACGCGCACCGCUGCCAUCUGUGGUAAUGAAACUCGACUUGGAACAAGCAUUGGCUACCAAGACAACUCGCAGAGCAGUCGUAUCUCGGAGCAGGUGUCCCUCAAGCAUCGAAGGAACGACGCGGCGCAGAUGGAGGAGACUUCCAGGUCACUGCUGGCUUCAAACACAGCUGGCAGGAACCACUACUUCACCGAAGAAACAUUUUACAUUGGGUACCCAAAUUUAGGUGGGGCAGGGCAAUUGCUGUACAAUGACCCCAGUGACCCCCACAGUUGCAACCCUACGGUCAGUGCACGGAAUACACGAAAACACCAUUCGCCAGAACUUUGGUUUGCUAAGGCAACACAGCAUCCAACAGGCGCGACACCACAGACGCAACUCAGCAGAUUACUUACCGCAAGCGCGAAGAACGACAUCCCACAAAAUAAUACACUUGACGGCAAAACACCCGCCAAAUACAGCGACUCAGAAGCACAGCUUCUUUCCACUAACAUAAAACCCGGCGCACAAAACGGUUAUUGCACGAAGAAGAUAUCCGACGGAUGGCCUCAAAACUAUACUCCACCCGACGUGUACGAUGUGCCACCACCAAAGCUGCGAUAUGAGCUCACCGACUACCACACCACAUUCCAUCAUACAAACGGACUACCAAACUCCAUCAUGUACAUCAGUGAAAAAGAAAGACUUCAAUCAAUACAACACAUACCACUGCCAACCCCCACAAAUAUUGCUCUAUGUAAACCUGGACGAAGACGAUAUCCAUGUAAAUGA